AUGGCUGAAAUUGUUUGGAAUGUACCUGUGAUAUUUUCGAAAGAGAAAAAGUUUCCGAUAUACCCCUGGUUGCCGUAUGAUCCCACAUCUACAAAUUUAAUCUACUAUGCUAUGCUGGUGUACACUACAAGUGUCAUGUUAUAUGACGGAUUCGUUGCUACAAUGACAGACCCAUUAAUCGGAGGUUUAGCUUACCACGCUACUGCUCAAAUAAAAAUUUUGAAGUAUAAUUUAGAGAAUAUUGACAAACAUGUGCACAAGAUAACAAUGGAAAAUGAAUACAGUACAAUAGCAUACAAAAUGGCUUACAAACAUUUGAAACAAUGCGUGAAUCGACACAAUCAUAUUCUAAAAGGAUCCACUCUCGUUCGUUCCGUUGCAAUAGCAAGCAUCAGUUCACUUACUUACUUCCUCUGCUUUUUGGUUAUUAGUGGUCAGAUAUUAUUUUAUUGUCACUACGGGACGUUGCUCUAUGAAGAAAACAAAAGUUUGGCGGAAUCCAUAUACAUGGGUUGUUGGUUUCAGUGUGAUGUUAAGAUCAGGAAGGUUUUAAUUAUGAUGAUGGAGCGUUCGAAAAGAUCAAUGGUUUUCACUGCUGGUGCUGUUAUUAAUGUUACGUUUCAAACAUUCUUAUCGGUCCUGAAAACAAGUUAUUCGUUAGUUGCCGUUUUAAAUAGUUUUGAUAAACCUGUAGGAGAAUAA